AUGUACUGGCGCAUUGGGCUCGCAUGGUCCCGUUCGUGUGUGAUUGAUAUUGGACGGAAUCAGAGCCUUUCCCUGGGGUUAUGUGGCUUGGAUGAACAGCUCUCAUUUUAUGGGUACAUCAUCGCCUACCCACUGCAGGACUACGCCGGGAUCAUGUCAGCACUUGGGUCGGACUCGUGGUGGCGGAAAACGCUCUAUCUUACCGGAGGCGCAUUACUUGCCGCCGCUGCUUACUUACUGCACGAGCUGCUCGCCAUCAGAAAGGAGCAGGAGCUGGAUUCGAAAGACGCCAUCAUUCUUCAUCAGUUCUCCAGACCCAAAAGUGGAGUGCCCAGUCUCUCCCCUUUCUGCCUGAAAAUGGAGACCUACCUACGCAUGGUAGAUCUACCUUACCAGAACUACUUUGAUGGUAAGUUGUCAGCCCAAGGGAAGAUGCCGUGGAUUGAGUAUAACCAGGAGCAGGUGUGUGGAACAGAGUUCAUCAUGGACUUCUUGGAGGAGAGGCUGGGAGUGAAUCUUAAUAAGGACCUCAGUCCACAGGAGAAGGCUGUGUCUCAUGCCAUAACCAAGAUGGUGGAGGAGCAUUUCUACUGGACAAUCGUGUACUGUCAGUGGGUGGAUAACUUGGAACAGACCCAGAAGAUGUUGGCGGUGACUGGUCCGCUCAGCGACCUGCUGAAGUGGAUCUGGAGUCAUGUUACAGGUGGGAUAGUCAGACGAGAGAUGUAUGGCCACGGACUGGGACGAUUCUCCCGUGAGGAAGUCUACGCCCUGAUGGAGAGGGACAUGCGCACACUUGCCACGCUGCUGGGUGAUAAGAGGUACAUUAUGGGGCCAGCGCUCUCUGCAGUGGACGCUGUUGUCUUUGGUCAUUUGGCCCAGGCCAUGUGGACACUGCCAGGCACGCGCCCAGAGCAGCUCAUCAAAGGUGAGCUCAUCAACUUGGCCAUGUACUGUGAGCGGAUCAGGAGGAAGUUCUGGCCCGAAUGGUUUGUGGACUUGGACGACUUUUACUACGAGGACUCAAGGGAGGACGACGAUUCCCCCUCGCAGCUGCUUGACCUGGGCCUCUAUUCCAGAACCGACAGCUUCCAGGAGGAGCCCAGCACGCCUCUGGAAUCCUAUUCCAACGCAGAGACUCCAGACAGCGACUGCACUGGCCGUUCUCUGUUUGAUUCUGAUAUGGAUACAGAGAGCUCUGAGCCCGAACAGAUCAAGUCUUAA